AUGGUUAAGUGGCCUGAGGAGUUGCGUAUUAAUCUGAUCAUGCCAAUUGCAGCCAAGUCUCCCCCUUGUCUGCGGAAGUUGGGCAGCACUGAUAAUAUUGCAGCCCUGAAAAACUUGGAAGAAACCCAGGGAGAUGAGGGUGUUGGCCCUUGGGGAACGAGUGUCCUUAAGACAGGGCAGUUGCAGCCCAUAUUGGAUCAAGGCACUGAUGAUGGCUGUUUUGCUACAUCAGACUCAGGAGCCCAUGAAAUACCCUUUAGCUCCAGGGAAACUACUCCUGACCAUGCCCAGGCCCGACUUGAUAAUAUACUCCAGGAGAUCCAGGAGCUCUGGGAAAACAAAGACCAGAUUGAGCAAAGCUUUGAAAACUUAAAAAAACACCACCAAAAAGAAUACACUGCAAUUGAGGAGGCCCUACAAGAGGAGCGAUACAGGAGUGAACGUUUAGAAGAACGGCUCAAUGACUUGAUAGAACUGCACCAGAGUGAAAUCUUAAACUUGAAAGAGGAACUAGCAAGCAUGGAAGGGAAGCCUGUCUUUCAGUCUAACAAAGAAGCAACAGAUCUUCAUGAGUCGCUGGAGGCCUGCCAGACUCGUCUGUUCAAGGUAGAGCAGCAGCAGCUGCAGGCAGUGCAGCUUGAUGGUUUGGAGAAGGCCACAGCACGGACUGUUCCCGGAAAAUGUAUCAAUGUGCUGCUGGCUGUUAUGGCAGCCAUUUUGGUCUUUGUGUCCACAGUGGCUAACUGUAUUAUGUUCUUGAUAACAUGCAGCAGGAUGCUUUUCACAGUGCUUUUUGUAGUCUUUUUUGUCUUGCUGUUGAGGUACUGGAAUACCAUUUUAGACUAUCCAAAAUACUUUUUCUGCACUCCCGCAGAGCCAGAGAAAGGAUUCAAAUAAAACAUAUUGACUUGA